AUGGAUCUGCUUUUCACCGUUCUUGAGUGUAUUCGCGGCCCGCCUGCUGAGAGCGGAGCUGAAGCAGAGCUCAAACGCAAAUCCUGUGGAUUAUCCACAUCAUAUCGCAGACCAGAAGAUGUCGCCGAAGAGGUGAUUCACAUAAUUAUGACAACUGAAAAGCGGGGUUCUGCUCUACAAUCUAGAAUUCAAGGUACUGUCGACACAGAAGGAUGGACAGAGGGGAUUGCAAAAGCUAUUCUAGACAAAUUGCGACAAAUUAUCGAGAACGGGCAGAGCGACAUGGGCGCUGUUUUGCAAGAAAUCAUUAACUUUACAAGCCAAAUCGUGGAAGAUUUUUUCCAAUUUGCAAGAGAUCACCCUGUUGCUAUAACUAUCUUUUGUACUCUCAUCGCCCUCGGGGUUCUCUUCCUGAUUGCGCCAUGGAUUAUUGAAGCUCUGGGCUUCAGUGCGUCUGGUCCGAUUGAAGGAUCCUUUGCUGCGUGGUGGCAAUCAACAUACCGUGGAUAUGUUUCACGGAAGUCUCUAUUCGCAUUUUUUCAGCGACUGGGAAUGCCCAACCAGACCGGCAAAUAUCGUUUGUAA